AUGGAAAAACAUGUAUCGAACAUUAACACCCAAAAAUACCGAUCAAAUUAUGACGCCAUUAAUUAUGAUUCAACCGAUGGUAAAGCUCAACUAAAACCUGCAGUUGCAUGGAAACGACAAGUUUUCAACAGACUGCGAUAUCGACCGUUUUACAUUGCAUACUCCUAUUUGGAUGAUCAAGACUUUACAUUAACGUUAAUGUUUCAUGGAGCCUUUUAUGACUAUCCGACAACAUAUCAAGAAGCUAUUGAUUAUGGUUUCUUCUUUUAUGGUGCUCCUGUCGAAUCGAUAAAGCCGGACUUUAAGUAUCCUUUAGAAACUGUCGGCGGUGAUAAAUUAUAUCUCGUAUAUACCUAUUUAGAUAUCCAAGAAGGAUUUCAAUUCACGUUUGACAAGCUAUUUGACGAUGAAAGAACCGCGAUCGAAUAUGCUGCAAAAUUGGCGGAACCAGAAGACGUAUCAAGAACCACAUACGUUGACCAUAAUGGCGAGAAAUUUGAUUCAAAGCAUCGAGAUGUUAUUAACGCAAGAGUAGCAGUUGAUGUGCUGCCAGUUUGGCGAAAACGAGAUUCGACGAUUUGA